AUGGCUAAAAUGGUGGUCUUAAGACACAUUGCUUUAAAGAGAUCCAUAUCAACUUUUCCUUCUCUCUCUCAGAGAAUUAAACAAACAGAAAAUGAAAUAGUUGAAAUGUUCAAGGUACCUAGUUCAAAGGAUGAAGGGCAACACUUGCCGAUGAAUAGGAACUUGUCGAGGAAAGACCCUUCGGUUAGGACAUUAGAUGAGAGGUUUAUAAGGAUUUUGAAGAUAUUUAAGUGGGGAACUGAUGCUGAAAAGGCUUUGGAAGUGCUCAAGUUGAAAGUGGAUCAUCGGUUGGUUCGUGAGGUUUUGAAGAUAGAUGUUGAGAUUAAUGUUAAGAUUCAGUUUUUCAAGUGGGCUGGCAAGAGGAGAAAUUUUGAGCACGAUUCAUCUACUUAUAUGCCUUUAAUCUGUUGCUUGGAUGAAUGUGGGUUAUAUGGUGAAAUGUGGAAGAUGAUCCAAGAAAUGGUCAGGAGCCCGACGUGUGUCAUUGGUCCGGCUGAUUUGUCUGAAGUUGUGAAGAUAUUGGGCAAGGCCAAGAUGGUGAAUAAGGCACUUUCUGUCUUUUACCAGAUAAAGAGUCGCAAGUGCAAACCAACGACAAGCACCUACAACUCUAUGAUUUUGAUGUUGAUGCAAGAAGGGCAUCAUGAAAAGAUUCACGAGCUUUACAAUGAGAUGUGUAAAGAGGGCAACUGUUUUCCAGACACCGUGACAUAUAGUGUGCUUAUUUCGGUGUUUGGGAAAUUGGGCCGUGAUGAUUAUGCUAUAAGGUUGUUUGACGAGCUGAAGGAGAAUGGCUUACAUCCAACUGCAAAGAUUUAUACUACCUUGUUGACAAUUUACUUCAAGUCGGGUAUGGUUGAGAAAGCUUUAGGUUUGGUGCAAGAGAUGAAAGAUAAGGGCUGUGCACCUACUGUCUUCACUUACACUGAGUUGAUUAGGGGACUAGGAAAAGCUGGGAGGGUUGAAGAUGCUUACAGUGUAUUCUUGAAUAUGUUGAAGGAGGGUUGUAAGCCCGAUGUUGUGCUGAUAAACAAUUUGGUUAACAUUUUUGGAAAAGCAGGUCGCUUGGAAGAUGCACUUAAGCUUUUUGACCAGAUGAGGGCUUGGCAGUGUAUGCCAAAUGUGGUUACAUACAACACUGUAAUUAAGGCUUUAUUUGAAUCCAAAGCUCCAGCUUCUGAGGCUGCUUCAUGGUUCGAGAAGAUGAAGGCAAAUGGUGUUACUCCCAGUUCAUUUACUUACUCAAUUCUUAUUGAUGGUUUUUGCAAAACAAAUAGAGUUGAGAAAGCUUUGUCGCUUCUUGAAGAGAUGGAUGAAAAGGGUUUUCCUCCAUGUCCUGCUGCCUAUUGCAGCCUUAUCAACUCCCUUGGAAAGGCAAAACGAUAUGAAGCUGCAGUUGAGUUAUUUCUGGAGUUGAAAGAGAAUUGUGGACGUUCAAGUGCUCGUGUAUAUGCUGUGAUGAUCAAGCAUUUUGGAAAGUGUGGCCGUCUGAGUGAGGCUGUGGAUCUUUUCAACGAGAUGAAGAAAAUUGGAUGCAAUCCUGAUGUUUAUGCUUACAAUGCACUCAUGUCAGCAUUGGUAAGGGCUGGCAUGAUAGCCGAAGCUUAUUCUACGCUUAGAACCAUGGAAGAAAAUGGUUGCACUCCAGACAUAAACUCACAUAACAUUAUUCUAAACGGCCUGGCUAGGACAGGUCGCCCAGAACAGGCAACUGAAAUGUUUACGAAGAUGAAAGAUUCAUUGAUCAAGCCAGAUGCCGUGUCUUAUAACACCAUUCUUGGCUGUCUGAGCCGCUCUGGCAUGUUUGAGGAGGCUGCAAAACUGAUGAGAGAGAUGGGUUCAAGAGGAUUUGAAUAUGAUCACAUCACUUACUCAUCAAUUCUUGAGGCGGUUGGUAAGGUUGAUGAAGAUUGUGAACCCAAGUUUCCUUGA